CGUACUUCCAGUUGCCGUCACGCGCGCCAGUCACCGCUGAGACGUUGAUCUGUACGAGCGUGUUGCGCGCGCGCAUCCUAUCGCCGAAUUCGAAUUUCUAAUCGUGACGCAAAGCAGUGUUGUGUUGUGAGUUGUGCCAAUUCGUGACAGUGUACUAUACCAUCUAUGUUACCAAUGCUGAAUUAACAAAAUUACAAUGAUGUGAAGUGACAGAUAUCGAUGUGAUUGUUCGAUAACUAUGGAAGACGUUUGCAUUUUUAUGUGAAGUCAGGAUGAGUAGCGGUGUGCGAUGACGUGCGCGGCACUGGUGGCGAUGGCGGUGCUGGUGACGGCGAGCUCAGCGGCGGCGCAGCUGCGGCCAGCCGACGCGCCCCCUGCCAUCAACGACACACGCUGUGGUACGGAAUGCGUUCGCUGCGCCGCUGAUGGAUGCGUCAAAUGUGCUCGCCUGCUGGUCUGGCCUGGAGGAACCUGUGCGCAUGAUUGUCCUGCUGGCAGCCGUGAAGCUUGGGCCCAUGAUGACCACCUCAUGGGUCGAGUCUGCUACCCAGCGCAAACAUAUAAUGAGGUGAUAGUGGGUGCUGCAUGCGGUGUGGCUGCCUGUAUAGCUCUGGUGGCAGCCGCAGCAGCAUACGCUCGCUGUAGGAAUAAAUCACGAGCGCAGCCUCAACCUUUACCCCAACGAACACAUCACGACGACGACACUCGACUUCGGGAAUUCCACAAACAGCUUGACUGUUUACGACCGCACGCAUACACCUUGUUGGCGAUACUGAACCACACGCGGCAUCAAGUGCGAGAACUUUAUCAGCUUGGCAACAACGAUGCUGCAAUGGCAUACAGUUGCAUCCUGAGCGAUUUGGCCAAGUUGCUGAUAUUGUUGAACAAGCAGCAGGUGCCUGUUGUGCCUGAUGAGUGGCCACGAUUGGCUAGUUGGGCUGAAAGAAUUCUGAAGCGCUACAGCCGCACAAAUGUCGGUCCGCAACAAGAAGGCCAACUAGUUAAUUUCCUCCCCGCCCCACCGAGCCAGGGCUCCGACUCGGAGACAACUCAACAAUCAUUUUCUACAUUCAAACCUCCUUCGUAUUCUCCUACAUCGUAUGAUAGUAAUAUUUUAGACAAGGACAUAGAAUGUGAGUGGAGUGACGCUGGCAGGCCACCCAGUUACUCGCAAGUGGAAAGAGAAAGAGAAACUAUCGUCCUCUCUGACCCAUGGGAGAGGCGGCCGAUUGUUAGAAGAGAGAGUGUCUGGUUAGAAGAUGAAUUCUUCGAAAUGUCGCGACGACCACAAGACGAACUAACCACUGAACUUUAAUCAAGUAAUUUAUAGCACCUGGUUCACCAUUCCAAGUCUGACAAGUACAAAAUACAAGAUAAUUAAUAUUUAAUAUAUCUAGGUACUGUAAGUUUGUAGUGGUGCUUUCAACCAUGUAAAUAUGUACCUUUCACUCCCCGCUAAAACCUUAUUUCUCAGCUACUUCAUAGAAAAAUAACAUGCCUAAUAG